AUGAAUUGUAAUAAAAUUUACAUAUCAAAAGAAUAUCUUCAAUUAAAACCAACUUUAUGCGGAGGUCAAAGUUUUAGAUGGAAAAAUAUUAAAAACGAUGAAUGGAUCGGUGUUUUUCAAAAUUCAGUUUGGAUACUCAAUCAGAGUGACAGUUAUAUUUCCUUUAAGUGUAUCAGUAAAUCAAAAAAUGUUGAAAAAAACAAUUUAUCUGAGAUUGAUGGGUUAAGUGAUUUUAUUAAUUCAAAAGAUGUUUUACAUUCUUAUUUGAGAUUAAACGUUGAUUUAAAUAAUUAUUAUAAAAUAUGGUCUGAAAGUGAUCCACAUUUUAAAAAAGCUGCACCACAAUUACAUGGUGUCAGAAUUUUAAAUCAAGAAGUUACUGAAAAUUUAUUUUCAUUUAUAUGUUCUUCUAAUAAUAACAUAAAAAGGAUUUCAUCGAUGGUUGAAAAGUUGUGUGAAUUCUAUGGAGAUUACAUAACAGAAUUAGAUGGUAAAAAAUUUUAUGGAUUUCCUAAAUUGGAAAAUCUUGCCGACUCCAGCGUUGAGUCAAAUCUUAGAAAAGCAGGAUUCGGAUACAGAGCCAAAUUUAUUUAUCAAUCUGCAUGUUUAAUUAAAGAAUUGGGCGGUACAAAUUGGUUAAACAAUUUAAAAACAUUACCAUAUGAAUUAUCAAAAAUGGAAUUGAUGAAGUUACCAGGUGUCGGAGCAAAGGUUGCCGAUUGUAUAUGUCUAAUGUCACUUGGACACAUGGAAGCCAUACCUGUUGAUACACACAUAUUUAAAGUAGCCAGCGAAAUUUAUUUGCCACAUUUAAAAAAAUAUAAAAAUUUAAAUAAUAAAAUAUACAAUGAAAUAGGUAAUCAUUUUAGAUGUUUACAUGGAAAUUAUGCAGGAUGGGCCAAUACAGUUUUAUUUUGUUCCGAUUUGAAAAUAUUUCAAACUAGCAAAACAAAAAAAAAAAUAAAUAAAUAA